GGCUCCUUCGGUUGCUCUGCUUGGCCGUUCUGGCCACCAGCAGCUUCUCCAGGGAGCAGGAGGGAGGUCUUCGCCUUGAUCGUGUUCUCUUGCAUCUUGGGUGAGGGCUACAGCAAUACCCACGAGUCUAAACAGAUGUACUGUGUAUUCAACCACAACGAGGACGCCUGCCGCUACGGCAGCUCCAUCGGGGUGCUGGCCUUCCUGGCCUCAGCCUUCUUCUUGGUGGUCGACGCACAUUUCUCCCAGAUCAGCAAUGCCACUGACCGCAAGCACCUGGUCAUUGGCGACCUGCUCCUCUCAGCUCUCUGGGCCUUCCUGUGGUUUGUUGGUUUCUGCUUCCUUACCAACCAGUGGGCGGCCACCAACCCGGAAGAUGUGCUGGUGGGAGCCGACUCUGCCCGGGCAGCCAUCACCUUCAGCUUCUUUUCCAUCUUCUCCUGGGGUGCGCUGGCCUUCCUGGCCUACCAGCGCUACAAGGCCGGAGUGGACGACUUCAUCCAGAAUUAUGUCGACCCCACCCCGGACCCCAACACGGCCUAUGCCUCCUACCCAGGCGCAUCUGUGGACAACUACCAACAGCCGCCCUUCACCCAGAAUGCCGAGACCACCGAGGGCUAUCAGCCACCCCCUGUGUACUGAGUGACACCAGGGGUAGGAAAGGGGCAGGGAAGGUGCCCUGCGGCCCUCUGUUCCACCCCGGACUUUUCCCACGAGGCUUGCCUCCUGGAGCCACCAGCUGCUGUCCUCUGCUUGGUGCCUGUCACAGCUGAUGCAGCAUGGAGAGCCCCUUGCCCUCCCUCACCCUGGCUGCAGCCACCCCCGAAGCGCCUGUGCCCAAAGGGGCUUGCCAGUCACCACUCACUCCUCAAGGGCAUUUUUUAGAAAAGAGGUUUUAGCUAGACGAGUUUUCUCACUGCUUUUAAUGAUCCCCAGCCCCGCCUGGAGUAGCUAAAAGUAGGAAGGUCCCCGACGUGCUGUUUUGACAAGUGCCUUAGCUUCUCCUGCUGCCCCAAGGGGCCGAGCCCUGGUCAGGUGGUGGUAGCUGCUUACUUAGGGUCUCUGCCAAAGACGGAGGAUGGGGGCCUUACACCUGUCCCUUGUGCGCUGGUGCUGGGCUCAGGCUCCCUGCCUCCUCACUCAGGUUUUUCCGCCCCUGCCCGGCCUUGGGCCAGGCCGUGUGCUCACUGCUGUGUGGUUUGGGGGCAUCAACCCAUGCCAAUUGCCUCUGGGCUGCCUUCCUGACAGCCAUGGGGGUGGGGCUGGUGCCCACCUGCAGGGAUGGGACCACACUUCUUUAUCCCACCCUCUGGCAGCAGGGAGGGGCUUUGCCUGAAGACAACACCCAGCUUUAUGUAAAUAUUCUGCCACUGUUAUGACGUGUGGGGAGGGGCAGGGCGUCCCUAUAGUCCCCCAACCGUUCGAAUGUAUUAAAAAGCCUUGGGGGGAGAUGCCUGUGCCCUCCAGUCCUAUUAGACUGGCCUGGAGACAGAAUAAAUGUUUUUCUCAUUCA